ACGGCAGGAUUGCCAUACAGCACCGCACGGCUCGGCACGGCACGGCUCGGCUCGGUACGGCACUGCAGAACGUGGGCCACGCUGCCAUGGGAGGCUGCAGCGCGUGGGCAUGGCCGGAGCUGCUGCUGCUGCUGCUGCUGCUGGGCAGCGCGUGGCCGUGGGUGGGCAGUGCCCAGCCCACCCCCCCGGGCCCCACGCACCCCCCCGGGCCCCAGCUGAGGUUCCGCCUGGCCGGUUACCCCCGCAAGCACAACGAGGGCCGCGUCGAGGUCUUCUACAACGACGAGUGGGGCACCAUCUGCGACGACGACUUCACGCUGGGCAACGCGCACGUGCUGUGCCGGCACCUCGGCUUCGUGGCUGCCACCGGCUGGGCCCACAGCGCCAAGUACGGCAAAGGAGUCGGGAGGAUCUGGCUGGACAAUGUGAACUGUGCUGGAAACGAGAAGGGCAUCGGGGACUGCAAACACCGGGGCUGGGGGAACAGCGACUGCAGCCAUGAGGAGGACGCGGGUGUCGUCUGCAAGGAUGAGCGCAUUCCAGGCUUCAAGGACUCCAACGUCAUCGAGACCGAGCAGAGCCACGUGGAGGAGGUCCGGCUGCGGCCGGUGGUGUCCGGGGGGCGGCGGCAGCUGCCGGUGACAGAGGGCAUCGUGGAGGUGCGCUACAAGGACAGCUGGGCACAGAUCUGCGACCAGGGCUGGGACAGCCACAACAGCCGCGUCGUCUGUGGCAUGAUGGGCUUCCCGGCAGAGAAGAAAGUCAACAGGAACUUCUACAAGCGGCUGAAGCGAGCAGCCAGGACGAAGGGCCGCAGCCCGAGGCUGGGCAGCAGGCUGGCCUCCAAAUCUCAGCCUAAACAAAAACAAAAGCGCAGGGAGGACGUAGGGCCCAAGAAGAGGCUCUUCACGGAGCGGCAGCAGCUCAACUACCGCCUUCACUCGGUGUCCUGCACGGGGACAGAGGUGCACCUGUCCCUGUGCUCCUUCGAGUUCUACCGGGGCAACUCCUCAGCAGCCUGCGGCUCCGGCAUGCCCGCCGUGGUCAGCUGCGUGCCCGGGCCCCUCUUCGCCACUGGCAAUGCCCACAAGAAGAAACAGCGCCAGCAGCAGCAGGGCCAGCCCCGCAUCCGGCUGAAGGGCGGCGCGAAGGUCGGCGAGGGCCGUGUUGAGGUGCUCAAGAGCAGCGAGUGGGGCACGAUCUGCGACGACCGCUGGAACCUGCAGUCGGCCAGCGUCGUGUGCCGCGAGCUGGGCUUCGGCAGCGCCAAGGAGGCCCUCACCGGGGCACGCAUGGGGCAAGGGACGGGCCCCAUCCACCUGAACGAGGUGCAGUGCCGGGGCACCGAGAAGUCGCUCUGGAGCUGCCCCUUCAGGAACAUCACACAGGAGGACUGCAAGCACACGGAGGACGCGGCUGUUCGCUGCAACAUCCCCUACAUGGGCUACGAGAACCUGAUUCGGCUGAGCGGGGGCCGGAGCCGCUUCGAGGGGCGGGUCGAGGUGGCGGUGGGGGCUGGCGACGGGGACCAGCCCCGCUGGGGUCUGGUCUGCGGCGAAGGCUGGGGUACGCUCGAGGCGAUGGUGGCCUGUCGCCAGCUGGGUCUGGGAUUCGCUAACCACGGCUUACAAGAGACGUGGUACUGGGACGCCAGCAACGUGACAGAGAUGGUCAUGAGCGGAGUGAAGUGCGCCGGCCACGAGAUGUCCCUGAGCCACUGCCAGCACCACGGCGCCAGCCUGAGCUGCAGGAACACGGGCACGCGCUUCGCUGCGGGCGUCAUCUGCUCCGAGACCGCCUCCGACCUGCUGCUGCACGCACCGCUGGUGCAGGAGACGGCGUACAUCGAGGACCGGCCGCUGCACAUGCUGUACUGCGCCGCCGAGGAAAACUGCCUGGCCAGCUCGGCCCGCCUGGCCAACUGGCCCUACGGACACCGCCGCCUGCUCCGCUUCUCCUCCCAGAUCCACAACCGCGGCCGCGCCGACUUCCGCCCCAAGGCCGGCCGCCACUCCUGGGUCUGGCACGAGUGCCACCGGCACUACCACAGCAUGGACAUCUUCACCCACUACGACAUCCUGACCCCCAACGGCACCAAGGUGGCCGAGGGACACAAGGCCAGCUUCUGCCUGGAGGACACCGAGUGCGAGGAAGACGUGGCCAAGAGGUACGAGUGUGCCAACUUUGGGGAGCAGGGCAUCACCGUGGGCUGCUGGGACCUGUACCGGCACGACAUUGACUGCCAGUGGAUCGACAUCACUGACGUCAAGCCAGGCAACUACAUCCUGCAGGUCGUGAUCAACCCCAACUUCGAGGUGGCAGAAAGUGACUUCACCAACAAUGCCAUGAAAUGCAACUGCAAGUACGACGGGCACCGCAUCUGGGUGCACAGCUGCCACAUCGGAGAUGCGCUCAGUGAGGAGGCCAACAAGCGGUUUGAGCAGUACCCAGGUCAGCUCAACAACCAGAUUUCAUAGGGCUCCGGCCCUGGGGAGACAGGCAUCUCCCUCCCUCACCCCACAGGGUGGGAGGAAGCUGCUGGGAGACUGGCAGGGAGGCCUGAUGCCCAGUGCUGCUGCCACUGUGUCCUGCCAGGGACUGCCCAAGACUCGCCACCGGCUGCCCUUCCCCACCUCGGGGGGGGCUGGUGCUGGAGGCACCGACACCUGCACCUCCCAGCCUGGGGCUGCCACCCCAACCACUGGCCAGAAGACGGUGCCCACAUCCCCUGGGCUGCGGCGCACGGGUACAGUCCGGGAGGUCCUGCACCCCCCACCGCUCCAUCCCUCCCAUGCCGGCUGCACCCCAAAACUCCCACUCCCCGUUUCAGCCCUGGUUCCUCUCACCCCACAGCCCUCCCACAGCUCACCCCCUCAGCUGGCCCCAGGGCCCACCACCCACACAGGGCCCCAGGAGCCCCCUGGUCCCCCAGGGAUGGUGCAGGUGUCUCUGCCCACAGCGCUGCCCAGGGGUGGCUCCUACCCCAUCUCUCAGUUGUAAUUUUAUUUCCUCUAUAAAGUUGUAAGUUCUCUUU